CUUCCAUCACCUGCCUGCCGAGCCGGUCCCAGUAGCAAGAACUCGCCCAAACCGCCGUCCCACCUCUGCCGAAGCAACCAUGGCCGACAGGCGGUGCACCCAGAGGCCACAAGGCCACCGCGGGAGCCCUAGCGCUAGCGCCCCGACUCGAGCCCGAGCCGCACCCCGAAACUUCAAACCGACCGAGCCGCGGCAGCGCGGGGUGGAAGCAGGCGUUUGAAAAGCGCCGCCGAUCCGCCGCCAAAUUAUCCAACGACCUCGCGUGAAGCCGUGAAUUCUCCCCGCCCCGUCCAAACCCACUCAGAUCUACGGGGUGGAAAGAAAAUAGAAAAAAAAUACUUGCAGCAAGGGAUUCCCUCCUCUCCCCUCUCCGCCGCUUCAACCAAACCCUCCGAGCUCGCGCGCCCGCGAUGGACGCCCCCGCCGCCGCCGGGCCCUCCUCCUCCGGCGUGGAGGCUCCCGCGCAGCCCCCGCCCCCGCCGAUGGCUCCUCAGGUGGCCGUGCAGGGCGCCGGCUCCGGCGCCGUCCUGGGGCGCGCCUGCCGCCACCACGCGUACAGCCGCAAGCAGAAGUCGCUCGGCUUGCUCUGCUCCAACUUCGUGGCGCUGUACGAUCGGGAUGACGUGGAAGCGGUGGGGCUGGACGACGCGGCCAAGCGGCUCGGCGUCGAGCGGCGCCGGAUCUACGACAUCGUCAACGUGCUCGAGAGCGUCGGGAUUCUUGUGAGGAAGGCCAAGAAUCGGUAUGCAUGGCUUGGCUUCGGGGAAGUCCCUGCGAAGCUGAAGGAACUCAAGGAGAGGGCAUUGAGGGAAAUGUCUGGUUCAGCGGUGUCACUGCCCCUGGAGGGAUCAUCUGCUGCUAAUGCCUCGGAUGAUGAAGAUGAUGAUAAAAUGGGCGACGCUGAUGAAGAUGCUGAGAGCGAGAAGCUCAGCCAAUCGGUGGACAAUCUGUCUGAUAAGCCUGACGCACCCUGCUGCCGGCUCAGAUCUGAUCAUAGGAAGGAGAAGUCGCUUGGACUGCUCACUCAGAAUUUCGUCAAGCUCUUCCUUACCAUGGAGGUAGAGACGAUCUCACUUGAUGAAGCUGCACGGCUACUCCUUGGAGAGGGACAUGCAGAAAGCAAUAUGAGAACAAAGGUCCGGCGAUUGUACGACAUUGCCAAUGUAUUGUCUUCUUUGAACCUAAUUGAGAAGACACAACAAGUGGAUACAAGAAAACCUGCAUUCCGGUGGCUGGGCCAGGCAAAGCGAAAGCAAGAGAAUACUGUCACGGUUGCUUUACCCCUAGCCAGGAAGACAAUGCCUAACAAGAGGGCAUUUGGUACUGAUCUUACAAACAUUGACAAUAAACGGGGCAAGAUGGACUCUGCAACAGAGAACAAAGGCAAGCUCUUGCAGGGUGGUGGCAACGUAGUGAAAGCUUUUGACAGGCAGCUGGGGCAAGGGAGCAGGAGUGACUUCGUUUAUGGACCCUUCCAUCCUGCUGGUGUAAGGAAACAGGAAAUCGAUGAUCAAACAGUUAGGGACAAGGAGAGGAAGAGUAUUCAGGACUGGGAGAACCUUGCUGUGUCCUUCCGCCCGCAAUAUCAAAAUAAAGCAUUGAACGAUCUUUUCGGUCAUUAUGUGGAAGCAUGGGAGUCAUGGUACUUGGGUCUUACACGGGAAACAGCAUCAUGAAAUAGAAUUUAAGCAGGUCUGUGUUGUAAACCAGUUCCAAUAUGCUGAUGAACUCAGCUGUUUAUGCAUGCUUAGGAAUUCCACUUGUACAAGGUAUCAUAAAAGACAGGCAUUAGUGGCCUUUGAUUGAUUGUAUUUACUAAAUGCAAGAAACUGAAGGCCAUUUUAUCAAAAAGAAGAAAAAGAGAGAGGCCAGGUUAUCAGUUAGUUUCGAGAA